AUGUCUAGCACAAACCUUGCCGCCUCGCCCCAGACCACGACGUCGCCGACUCGACGCCAUCAAAUCAAGCGAUCGCUCUCCGAGCUUACAUCCCCGGGCAAGCCGAGCCGGACCCGAAAGGAGCGCCUGGGCAACGGCAACUACGAUGAAGGAAGCGGCGUUGCGGGGGCCAGCGGCACCCGGCUUCUUCGCCAGCCGCCUCUGGCCCCCAGCGACGCUCGCAUGUCGCUUGACACGCCACGCAGCAACAAUUUGUCGCCUACCAUGAGCCCGGACCAGAGCAGGCGAGGCAGCGUGCUAAUCCCGCCAGUCGCGCCGUCGCUGGCCAGGGAGAGCAAGGAGCAGCAGCAGAGGGCGAGCUCGAUGGAGAGCAGCGGCAAUGCUGCCCAGCUGCGACAGAGCCAGGCGAGAAUAGCUGGCCGCACCGAGACGCUCACGCAAUCCCUCGCCGAGCUCAAUGACUUCUCGGCCAAUGCAUCGCGGCAGCUCGACGACGCCUACUACGCCGUGCUCGAGAAGAUGAGCGCCCUGCACGUCACCAUCGCGUCGCUCAAGGGGCUGGCCGAGACGUCGCACGCCAUCCACGAGACGUUCGAGAGGGACUCGCGCGGGCUGGAGAACCAGAUCGCGACGCAGCUGGGCGCCAUGGGCCACUUCCAGAACCACCAGGCCAAGGUGACGGCGCUGCGGCGGCGCAUCGACAAGGGCCGCGCGCGGGUCGGGGCGCUGGGCGACCGGGUCGACGCGGUGCGGCAGCGGAUCGAGCGGUGGGAGCGCGCGGACCGUCAGUGGCAGGAGCGCACGCGGCGCCGGCUCAAGAUUGUCUGGUCCGUCAUGUCGGCCGCGGUGCUGGUGCUGAUCGUCUUGAUGUGGACGGUGAGCAGCAGCGGCGGCAGCUCCGGCACUCCUGAUGGUAAGGGGCGGGCGGCGGCGGCGCGGGGCGGCGCGACGGACGACCUGGGCCGCGCCAUCUCCGUCCUGGAGCCGCUCAACUCGUCCGACUCGAGGCAGCCGCCGGGGCCGGAGGUCACGGAGACGAGGCGCACGAGGAUCCUGUGGAAGACGCCGGUACGGGGAACGGAUCGCCUGCGGGCCUUUGACGAGCUCUAA